UUUGUAGCGAAGUGUUCCUUCGCAGACGUAUCAAGAAUUUGCGAAAUAGUGUAAAACGCGAAACUGAUGAAGGUGACAGAGUGAAAUUUAGUGAAUCUCGGAGAUCUUGGAUCAUGGAGAAUUUCGAGCAGAGCAACUUUUUGCCGGUAGAUACCAUGGAAGAAGCUGCCCACAAGUCAUUGGACCAAUCCCACAGGAACUACACAAUGCCGAGACACAAUACUUCCAAUGGCUGUUGCCGGUUGUGUUUCAAAGGCAACUGCCAUCUGCAGGAACUUUUUCCCGGUGGCUACACGGAGGAGUUGCUUAUAAGCAAAAUUUUCGAGUGUACCACUGUUGAGAUCACCUUCGCCAACGACCCGGAUGCCCUGAUAUGUUACAGCUGUGUGGCAAAAAUUGAAGAGUUCCAUCGCUAUAGAGAACAGUGCCGCAACAAUGAUGUACAACACAAGAAUUCGAAAAAAUGCCUGGGAGGAAAAAAUCUUGCAGCUCCGACGUCCACAUUAAUUCCCCCUAAGUACAUCAAGAAGGAAAUAGAUUCGGAAGGAUUUGAGAUAAGCGCUGCUGAUUUCUUCCCGAUGGACGCUGCUGAGCAAUCGUAUGGUGUAUUAGAAUCAACCGUGGACGAACCAACUCCCCUCGUUGCUGACUCAUCUGGUGCGGUGGAUUCCACUAUUCCUUACGAGGACGACGUUGCCAAUUCUAAUGAAGAUGAUAAUGAAAAUUUGCUGGAGUUGAUACCCGAACGGACACACGAUGAGUACAGCAUAUCGUACGCAGAUAUGAACGAAGAGUACGAAAAUAACAAUGAAGUUUUCUGCGAAUUACCGAUCAAAGAAGAACCGCAGGACAUCGACGAUGGGGCGAACGAUUGGAAUGAUUUUGAAAUGGAAGACGACAAUACCAUUGCUCGCAACACCAAUCUGAUACCACUAAUAGAUAAUUGCUCUUAUUCAACGAAUUCCGAAGAUGAUUUAGAAGAGCAACGACCAUAUCGGGAGGUGUACAACGGCACUAAUUUAGUUUGUCUAAUGCAAGAUGGAUUCCUGUACGUUCAUGGGCAUAACAUGCAAUGGCGCUGUCGAAUAAAGGGCUGUGAAGCUGCAGUCUUUCAGGAAGAAUACAGCAAAGGCUUGGAAACAAAUGGCAUAAGGCAUGCGCACAGCAGGGAAGUAGAAAACGAUGCUACCGAUAUGGAGAUUCUGCGUUUAUUAGAAAACGUAUCACCAGCAUCCCACGAGUCGGAUGACGAGUCGUUCCAUUAUGUGAAGAACAUCAGAAAAGGUAGUUCACUCGUCUACAAAGGUUACAAAUACAGCAUGAAACAUAAAAAUGUCGAUGGAACUACGUACUGGAAGUGCCGAUUGUACAAAGGUAGUUGUUCGGCAGCCUUAUAUCAAACUGCAGACAACAAAUUCAAAACCGUUGGGAUUCAUACACACGGCAAACAGGACGUGGCAAGUAAUACACCGAAGCCAUAUGUCGCAAGCGUUAGUACAGAAGGUGGUGAGCCGUUUGGUGAUAAUUCUUCGCCGGCCAAAAUUAAAUUACGAAUCGCGCGACAGACCAUUGAUACUAACUCGUCAAUGCCGCGACCCCCGUCGAGUGAUGUUGGAAAGAACAAACUGCCACUAGACCAAAAAGACGCCUUAGGAGUCGUCCGAAGAAGUUACAAAUACAAGAUGGUAAAAAACGGCAACGGUCGAAUGCGGCUGCAUUUCGAUGGAAACCUGUAUGUACGAGAAUCUACAAAGAAAGAAGGUUCCGCUACGGUAGUCAAAUGGCGAUGCAGACGAAACUACGAUAUGUGUGGUGUUGCAGCAUUACAAUACGAGGAUGGACUUGUGGAGGUGAUCGGAGAUCAUGAUCAUUCACCAAUUAAGAACACCAUGAACAUUCUCGAGAACAGUGUGGGAACAACUGAAUAUCAUCUUCUGCCCACGUUCAAAGGAGGUGAAGCACUCGUUCUUGAUGGAUUUCGCUUCGUGAAAGCUUACAACAAACCGAAUGGAAUGAGCUUAUGGCGUUGUACAGGUUUGGUAGGAAUCAUUUGCAGAGUGAAGCUUAUCCUUGCAACGGAUGGUGUUGCAUAUGUUUUGCGUGACUUUAAACAUGAUCAUGACAGACCGAAACACAACAAAACGAUAAACCGAAAUAUGAUCCAAGGCACUAGCCCUAUCAAAGAAAAAGAGUUUCAAGGUGAUGAUAGUGUUGGGAAAAAAACAUUCCGUUCGGGAAAUGACUCCAACACUAGCACACCGUUAACGAUACGCGGUAAAACGAGCAAUACUAUGCGCAAACCAAUUGACAACAGUGGUGCCGUUGCAAAAUAUUCUGCUGGUGGUAAAACAGCGAAAGUAUCGUCUAAGAUGCAAUCGAUGCGUAAUUAUCAUAUUACAACAAACAAGAAGGGCAAUAAGGCGUUGGUUUACCAAGGAUACCGAUACUGCUUGGUUCGAACGCGUCAAGACGGAGCUAUCAGUUGGUUCUGCCGGAUGAACAAAAAAACCUGCGGUGCCGGGUUGUACCAAUAUCCCGAUGGCAGGUUGGAAUGGGUAAACGAAAGACGUCACAAUCACAGUCCGACUGAUCCAACAUCUGAACCACCGAAACAAAUUACAGUAGCUCCAGUAAAAAAAAGCACAUACCAUAUGGAUGACGAAACGUUUGUAAGCAAUGAAUGGUACUAUGUGCGCAACCGAAAAAAUGGCAUCACGCUCAUACACGCUGGUUACCGAUACCAUAGAAAAGGAGUUCGCAAUGACAGCACCUCGACGUGGCGUUGUUCGCGAGCAAAUCAAGGUUGCCGUGCUGGAAUUGUGAUGCACUCCGACGAGACGAUUGCCAAGCUCGAUGAUAUUGAUCACGAUCAUUCACCACCUAGCGCGUUCAUGGAUGAUACCCCCAUAAUUAGCGGUGAUCCGGAUGAAAGUGAAAAGCAAUCACCAAAUGCAAGCUUCAGUAAUGACGGUAAUGACGCUGAGCUUAGUUUAGCUAACUUCAACGGAUGCAUUGAGGAACAGGAUGAUCCUGAAGCGAACAUGCGGACACUCCUGAACACAAUGUUGGACGUUUCUGACGUGCCGGCCAAUAAAUCUACUGACAAAAUAGUGAUUUCUCCAGGUAAAGCUUACUACAGAUAUGUCAAAAACCGUAGGCUUACAAAGAGUUUAGUGUUCCGAGGAUAUCGGUACUCUCGUUCUAGUAUGAAAAUUCGUACGGACGGAUCCGUGAAGUGGGUCUGUCAAAUGAAUAAAAAAACCUGCCGUGUGUCGGUGAAGAUAUUGAAAGAUGGAAGUAUAGAAAUGGAUGCUCAGAAACACAACCACCCGCAACUACCGGAAGAUUUAGACAACAAUUGUGAUAACGAAGAGGAUGAUGGUGAUGAUAACGAUGAUGAUGGAGCCAAUGACACAACGUUAGAAAAUGAGUCAACUAACCAGGUUGACGAUAUGGAUAACGAAGAUGUUACGCAUGAUUACUUUUUUGCUUUAAAUCGCUGCAAUGGAACAAGUUUGAUCUUCCAGCGCAAUCGCUACAGCAAAGAAAAUGCCCGUCCUGACGGAUCUACAAUUUGGCGUUGCAUGGUACGAUCGGAUUGUACAGCGAAAGCAAUCCUACAUGCUGAUGGUACAUGCGCUGUUUACCGCGAUGCAACCCAUCAUCAUCCACCAUUGGACGAGUUACCGAAACCAUUACAGUAUCCGGAUAAAUUUUCAUCGGUAUCUGCACAAAACCAACCAAUCAAAAAGCAAACCGCUGCUAAACUCGCCGUAAAAGGUGAUAUGCUGACCUACAAACAAAAUCUUAUGAAGAAGGUUAAAUCUUUCUCUGACGGUACCGUCGUGUAUAAGUGUGCAGAACUGAACCGUUGUUCUGCGUUGGUGAAAAUUCAGUACGAAGAAACGGAUGGUGGUGAGUUCUCGCAAAGCGUGAUUUUCGAAACGGAUCAUGAUCAUCCAAAUUCCCUCGUUAGUACAUCUACCACCACCGGCAGCAAUGAAAAAAGUAAACGGAAAAGCCCUAUCAAAAUACAAAGAUAUUCAACCAGCGACAGCGCAGAAGACCAUAGCAAAGAAUAUCAGCUUUUCAAAAAUGACCGGGGCCAAGUCUCGUUAGUGUACAAGGGCUAUCGGUUUUCGUUGCGCAAUCUUAACGUAAACGGCAACUCCAGUUGGAAAUGUCGCGCUAAUAGGACAUGCAGUGCGCACGUUACCUUCACGGAAGAUGGUCGCGUUGUGCAAACUGAGCAGAAAGUAGAAGUAAUGCCACACAAUCAUGCCAUUAACGGGGAAUAUAUUGAUCGAGCUGAACCGCUAAUCCUAGGUGAACUGACUCCGCCGGCCAGAAAUUUAAGUCAGUUUGUGUCGAAUUGGGUGAACGGAUUGUAUAAAAACGUACUUGGCGGGAAAACGAAAACGUCACCAAAGCUGUCCACAAGCCAUACUGAUGGGAAAAAAGCAAUCUGUCAUAAAAACUAUUCAUACAAGCUGCAAACUAUCAAGAAUGGACGAGAGUUUUGGCGUUGCACUAUGUUCAAAGCGAGGGCCUGUCGUGCGGCUCUAUUCUGCAGCAACAACGGUGCGAUCGUACAGUAUGAAAAUGGACGUCAACACAACCAUGAACCGACUAAUUCGUCGAUAAUAGCAGUGCAGAAAAGCAGCAGUCCCCGGAAAACGCCUUCCGGCAUGAAGGGUAAAACCCACGACGUGGAAACGACUGAUGUGUUUUAUGGAGCGAAUGAUGCUCUCGGUACAGUGAAUCCCGUACAAAAAACGGUUAAGCGAAGCCAUAGUUCGUUGCAUUAUGAUGACCAGUCGGUAGAAGAAAGUUCCGUACCUACGUAUCAGAUAGCGAAAAGAGAUGGCAUCGAUACCUUGUACUAUGAAAAACAUCGAUACGUUGUCAUCUGUCAGAAACGGGAAGCAAACUCCGAUGAACCGAAGCGUUGGCGCUGUGUCUUAUGGAAUAGCCGUCACCAAUGUCCGGUAGAACUAUCCAUCCUGACUACGGGCGAGAUACACUUCGAAACGGACCCAACACACAACCAUCGUCCACCGCCGCCAGAAACGCAAGAAAUAGAACGAUUACCAGCGUUAUUAAAUACUAAAGGUACUAGAAAAUACGAGCUAAUAGGACACACACUAGACACCGUUUUCUAUAAGGGAUACAAGUUCUCCUGGAAGGAACAAGGAAACGGUUGGACGUACUACAAUUGUGUGUGUUCGCGUUCACACCAGUGUACUGUGACAGUGAAGGUAGAUGCGACUGGGCUACUAUACGAAUGUUCGAACGAAUCGCACAAUCAUCCAUCAACGCUACUUAAUGACAAAUCCGACAACGAACCUGGAUUAAAUCAGCUGAAACCUUUGACCGAGCGGGCGAUAGCAUCGAAACAGGCGAGGCUUGCCGAUUGUUCCAAAACGGGAUCUGCUGAUUACAGGUUUGUGCGAUCCUGUUUAGGAAAUUCAAUGGUCUUCGAAGGCCACAGAUACUGGUUCCAUAACAAGCUGUCAUGCGGAUUGCACGUUUAUCGAUGCCGCUAUCAAAAAAUAAAAGGUUGCACCGGUUCCGUUUACAUGGAUAUGGAAACGCAGCUAAUAUAUCACCGUUAUGAUGCGGAGCAUAAUCACGAACCUUUUCCAGAAGAUGCUAUUACAAAAAUCGAAAAACCAUUUAAUACCGCCAGUACCUCUGAUAGCUGUAACCACCAGAGCGUUGACAAUGUGGACGAGCGUGAUCUUGCAAGUGGCAUCGACAGUAGUACACUACAAACUGCAGUACCAAAGAACGAUGGACAAAGCGACGACGUGAUCAUAACGCAGAAUUAUACGUUUGUGAAAAAUUAUCUGAACAAGAAUCAGCUCCUAUAUGAAGAUUAUGUGUACGAAUUUGUCCCGCUGUCUUAUCGAAAGGAUAGCGACAAGUUUUACAGUUGCUUAUUUUCGGAUUGUUCUGCUUCGGUAAAGCUGCUACCGUCCGGCAGUUUGAGAGUAAUGACACCAAACCAACACGCUCACGAACGGCCCGAUCUUACCGAUUGCCGGGACAUUGGUCGUGGAUCGGCAGACUUUAAUACCUUAUCGCCCAGCGGUUCCGGCAAGAAAACCAAGAUACUGUUUGAAGGCUACUUAUAUUACGCCAAUGUCGCAGAAACAUUCCAGGAUGAUACGAAGGUGUUCUACUGUUACAAUAACGUGUUAAACAAGGAUAAGAGUAAAUCCAUCGAUCGCUGUUCUGUUACGUUGGAAUUGUUGCCCAAUAACCGCGUUAUCGUCAUGGGUACCCAUCACCAUUCGGUACCCAAAGUCACCGACAACGGCAAAAUGGAUACCUCCCAGACAAAGCUGAUAGUGAUGGAUGGACGUUCCUACCUAUACCUUAACACGCAAGACGAUGGAACAGUGGUAUGGCAGUGUACGGACGACCCGAAGUGUAAGGCUAAAGUGUAUGGAAAACCAAAUGGGAAACUGGUUUACGGUACCACUAAGCACGUCCUUCGCCAUCGAAUGCCAAAGUUACCGAAUCAUUCAAAGCUGUCAAACGAUUUAAACAUUUCGUUGCCUGUAUCAUUGUCGGUGUCUAACUCCAUUGUGCCUAGCAGUACCGGAAACUUGCGGACGAAAUGGUUCCAAGGCAAUAGAUACAACUUUUAUCUCACCCGUAGGGACGGUGUACAGUACUGGCGAUGCUGUAAGCGCAUCGAGGAAAAAUGUGAAUCCGGCAUUUUGUGCUACCCGUCCGGGACAAUAAUGUCGUACAAUAACUUGCCGCAUACACACCCAGCGCUCAAUGCUUCAACGGAAGAGGUGCAAGCUAAACCGCCGAUCCCGUCGUACACUUCGCAGAUAGUCAAGCAGCACGUUCCAGGUGCCGAAGUCGAUGGGAAUAGGUCACAAUAUUCGAUGCAAAACUCGACCACAACAAAUGAUAAGUUCCUGACGUACAAGGGUGUACAAUACUCGUUACGGAAACGGACCUGGGAUGGAAUCCGCUUUUAUCGUUGUCGCAACAGGCCAUGUACCCACACGCUGAUCGUGACUAAACGCGGAAAAAUCAUAUCCAAAAAGACAACGUGGCAUAGCUGUGAAAAACAGCCGGAUGCAGAUGCAAGAAGGUUAGUAGCGGUACCAGCAUCAUCAACAACAAACGAAUUUUUAAGUGGUGCUAGCGGUCUAGGUUUCGACAAGCCUGAAAUCGAAGAUCCAGACGAUUUGGAUGAUCAACAUGAUAGCAGCAAGAUGUCACCCAUACUGAAGCGAAUCCGAUUAGAUAGCAAUAUUGAGAUGGGUGAAGAGAACAGCCAAAGAACUGCACCAGAAACUAUUGUACAGACAGUGGACAGUUGUUCCCCCAAUAUCAACACUGAAACCGAUGCAGAAGAAGAAGAACAACAUAACGACGGAAGCCACGGUGAAAUGCGGGGCAGCUUCGAAGCUGAAAAUGUUGCAACAGACGAUUGGGAACACGAAUAUUUAGAGCAGGAGUUUGAAGGCACGGAUGCGGAAAAUGAGAUUGUCGAUUCCGUGGCAGAAGAUCGACAGCCAGUUGCUGAUGAUACGACGCAUGACAAACAAACGAUCGAAGAAUUGGCUACACCGGAAAAUUCUCGCGAAAGUUUCACGCCAACAAUGUUAGCAAUGAGUGAAACCCCGAAUGCCCAGAAAUGAAUGAACCCGUUUAGAAUCAUCACACCUGGCGAUGUUUUAUUGCUAAAAUAAUAUAAUUUCCUAUUUAAAAUCUGUGCUCUGUUUCUCAAAAACAAAGUAAUUUGAGAUUAUAUCGUAUCAAUUAGACACGAGACUCAAUUUUACCUGGUGUAGCACCGAGUGCACAUUCCAGAGUGCCCCACGACAGAUGGAAUUAGAUGGGGUUUGAAAUUAGAGUUGGAAAAUGUUACGACACUCACACUUGCGACACUUAUGAUAGCAGAAAGCAGAAAAAAAUGUUAUAAAGACGAUGAUGUUGAAGUUACUAUUAAUCGCUUUGAUGUUGUUAUAAUUUAAGUUUUCUUUGGAAUUACUUGAGCUUCGACUAAUAUGUGAAAUGUAUAUAUGGACCAUGUAUAUAAAAUGGUAUGAAUAAAACUU